UAAAAGUGUUUGUGAAGUGUAAACAACUGAAAAUUAAAUUGUGAAAAAUGCCCCCUAAAGCAAGUGGAAAAGCAACAAAGAAGGCUGGCAAGGCCCAAAAGAAUAUUACCAAGAGUGAUAAGACCAGGAAACGCAAGCGUAAGGAAAGUUAUGCCAUCUACAUUUACAAAGUGUUGAAGCAAGUACAUCCUGAUACUGGUAUUUCCUCAAAGGCCAUGAGUAUCAUGAACAGUUUUGUUAAUGAUAUUUUCGAACGUAUUGCCGCUGAAGCAUCUCGUUUGGCUCAAUACAACAAACGUUCGACCAUCACCAGUCGGGAAAUUCAAACUGCCGUCCGUCUAUUGUUGCCCGGUGAAUUGGCUAAGCACGCUGUCAGUGAAGGCACCAAGGCUGUAACCAAAUACACCAGCUCCAAGUAAAUUUUAUUUACACACCACGAUUGAUUCUUUUUUUAAUUACAAAAGGCCCUUUUCAGGGCCACAAAAUCAAUUUUAAAAGAGUUUUAAUUUGUU